CUCCCUUCUGCAUCGUUCUCCCGCCAUCCCCCCCCCCCCCCGAGGAAGAAAGCAGAGCUCUCUUGCUUCUUCCUCCCCGGCCUCCAUGGCUCUCCCCUUCUUCCUCUUCCUCUUCCUCUCUCUUCCCUUUGCUUCCUCCCGCUCCCAUCUCUCCCUCGACUAUUACGCCUUCACUUGCCCUUCCUUCCCUUCCGUCGUCCGGGACAACGUCUUUACCAAGCAGACCGCCGUCCCCGCCACCGCCGCCGGCGUCCUCCGCCUCUUCUUCCACGACUGCUUCACCGAUGGCUGCGAUGCCUCCCUUCUCAUCUCCUCCAACUCCUACGCCAAGGGCGAGCGUGACGCCCUCCCCAACCUCUCCCUCUCCGGAGACGCCUUCGACCUCGUCACCAAAAUUAAGAACUCCCUCGAGCUCACUUGCCCCGGCGUCGUCUCCUGCUCCGACAUCGUCGCCCAGACCACCCGGGACUUGGUCAAGAUGGUCGGGGGUCCCUACUACGACGUUACUCUUGGGCGGAAGGACAGCCUGGUCUCCAACAUCUCCAGGCCGGCAGAGAGGCUUCCGGAGACGGACAUGUCCAUGGACCAGAUCAUGUUCCAAUUCACUUCCAAAGGAUUCAGUAUCAGGGAGAUGGUGGCUCUCACGGGGGCUCACACCAUAGGCUUCACGCACUGCAAGGAGUUCAGCCGCAGGAUCUACAAUUUCAGCGCCUCGUCGGACGUGGACCCCACCAUGAACCCGAAGCUGGUGGCUGGAUUGAAGAAGCUGUGCGAGAACUACACCCAGGACUCGGGCAUCGCGGCCUUCAACGACGUGAGGUCGCCCAGCAAGUUCGACAACGCGUAUUACCAAAAUAUUCUGAACGGGCUGGGCCUUUUGUCAACGGACUACCUGAUGAGCGUGGACCCGAGAACCAGGCCAAUAGUGGAGGUGUACGCCCAAAACCAGACCGCGUUCUUCCAGGAUUUCGCUGCCGCCAUGCAGAGGCUUUCCACGCACCAAGUGAAGACCGGCCGGAAGGGAGAGGUGAGGCUGAGGUGUGACCAGUUCAACAAUCUUCAGAUGUAGAGAGGGACUGCAUGAACCGCUUUGUUUCAAACGCUUGAGGCUAUAUAUUAUAUAUAGAUCAGAGACGGCCAUACAUGGGUAUAUAUUUUCCAUAUGUGAGAGAGAGCCACCUUCAAAGGGAUCGAUCGAUGUUUGGAUUGUGAUCUUUUGCUUCAUCUGAAAAUGAGAACAAAAGGGGUGAUUCCUGCCAAUUUAUCCCUGAGCAUAUAAUAUAUACUAUAAUACGAGAUUUACCCAUGGCAGUGGAUGGAUUACAUUAAUUAACCUAUACUGUAUGUCACUGUUUA